UAGUCAUUAGAAAUCUAGGUGGGGCUUCUUUGUUGCUGACCACAAAGCCUUUCAUGCUUACACUUUCCUCCUUAAAUACUUCCCCCUCUACCUAACAUUGUUAGUAGUGCCCAGAACUCCCAGCUGCCCACUUCUCUCUUCUUUCUGGAAUCCUGUCCUUUCCUCCUUUGACCUCAACUCCUCGGAGUAUCGGACAAAAUGCUGCGCUGUGGCCUGGCCUGUGAGCGCUGUCGGUGGAUUCUUCCCCUGCUUCUGCUCAGCGCCAUCAUCUUUGAUAUCAUAGCACUCUCUGGAAGAGGCUGGCUGGAGUCCGAAGACAAUUCUCAGACUUCCUCCCUCUGGUGGACAUGUCCUGGUGAGGCUAUCUCGGGGGGCGCUGGCUCCUAUGAAGAAAACUGCAGGAGCCUUAUGGACUUUGCCUGGGGAAGAGCAGCAGCUGCUAUGCUCAUGUGUGGCUGCAUCAUCCUGGUGAUCUGCUUCAUCCUCUCCUUCUUUGCUCUUUGUGGACCGCAAAUGCUUGUUUUCCUGCGAGUGAUUGGAGGACUGCUGGCCCUUGCUGCUGUGUUUCAGAUCAUCUCUCUGGUUAUUUAUCCAGUGAUGUACACCCGGCAAUUCCUUCAAGGUGAUCUUGUUACCAGGUAUUAUUACAACUGGGCUUAUGGCUUUGGAUGGGCAGCUACCAUUAUCCUCAUAGGCUGUUCCUUCUUCUUCUGCUGCCUCCCCAACUAUGAAGAUGAUCUCCUGGGCAAUGCUAAACCCAGGUAUUUCUACACUUCAUCUUAAAAGCAGAGAGUAAAAGCAAAAGAAUAUUGAUACUACUUUGACAACUGGAUUCCAGAGACAGAAAGACACUCAUUUCUUCCCAGACCAUACUGAACUUACAUGUCUACAGUGAUAUGCAAAGGAUUCAGCUAUUUUUGGGCAAAUUUUUAAAACGUCAUAAAAAUUUGAGAUUACCUUAGGUACCUUAAAUGGUUUUAUAUUUUUAUAUUCAUGUUUCAGGAGAAUUAUUGUGUUAAAUAUGCCUUGUUCCUUUUAAUUCAUUGCUGACAACAUGCCAAAGUUCUCCAAAAAAUCUGCCUUUAAAAUUAGUAUACAGUUUAUAAAAAUCUAAUUAAUAACCUAAAGUAAUUAUUGUAUACAAUAGAAACUGGAAUUGCUUUAGACAGUCAGGUUGUUAUUUAAUGGACUGGAUUUCCUAAGAUGGACCAAGGGAAGAGGAGAAGAUAUUUUUUUAAGUUAGCAAUAGUUCUCAGCUGAAUAUUUUAAGAUAUGCAAAGUUUUUUUUUCCCCAAUUCACCUUUUUGUCUCUUUAAAAAGCAUGGUGAUAACCUGCUUCCCUAACAUUAUUCAUGAUUUCUCAUUAACCUUACAAAUCCGUGAGUUUUUAUUACAUUCAAUGUUGUGUCUAAAAUAUCAUUUAGGGAAACAAAACAAAAGAAGAUCAAUGUUGUUGUUCCCAAUGGGCCAAUGGGCCUAUUGCAUUUGAAACUCUCAUUUUGGAGUAAAAUGUUAAGAUUUUUUUUCCUUUCAAGUAGUACUUAGGGUUGGGCUAAGGUAAAAGCACUAUGCUCAUUGGUCUGUAUUAUUUCUUUGUCUAUAUGACUCUGGCCAGAUUAGACCAGAUUGGAAAAUGGGGGUCAUUUUUGCUUGUGCUGCAUAUGCCAUGCACAUAACCCCCAUGAAUUGCAUUGAAUUUUUCAGUUCCAGUCUGAUUUGGCUGCAUUCUUAUCGCUAUUGCUAAAAUAGUCUAAAGAUUGUACUUUAAAACCUAAAAUGCAGCAAAAAGUCUGGUGGUCCUUGGUAAGUAAUAUAGAGUUAAAAAAAAUUACAAUGCACUGAAUAAAAGAGUAAUAAGAAAUGCUGUUUCUACAAAUGACCACACCGUGAUGUAUUUGGGUUUCUUACCAUUUAUGUUAGCCAACAGAUUGAAAGUCAAAACUGAAUUUACUUAUCAAAUUAUGCUUUUUGUAUAUUGCAGAAUAAGCAAAUGCAAAUGUUUUAAUUAUGAAUUCUUCCUAAUAAACCAGGUCACCUGUUGCUUGUUUCUAGUA